CAAACGUCUCCCAUCCUUCCACUCAUCUGCACGCACAAUGGAUUCUGGUAUCGCAUCUCUGCCCAAGACCCGAGAACAGUGGAGAAAAGCUCUCGAUGACCUGCCGGAUAACCCAGAGAAGAUACCGGCUUUUUUCUUUGGACACGGGUCGCCCAUGCUUGUGUUCCCCGAAUCUGAAACUGCAAUUUCACCGAUUCUCAAACAUGCUGGAUCCAAGGGUCCUCUUGCCAACUUCCUGAGAGACUUCGGUCCUGCGCUUUUGGCCAAAUACAAGCCCAAGGCCAUCGUCGUAUUCAGCGCCCAUUGGGAUACACUUGAUGAACGUCUCGUUACUGAUUACGGCGAGGAGAAUCCCCUCUUUUACGAUUAUUAUGGAUUUCAACCGGAAUUAUACCAAUUGAAGUUCAAGUCACGGGGUGACUCUGCUGUGUCGCAGCGCGUGGUGGAACUGUUCAAAGAGUCUGGCUUGUCGGCUCGCACUUCGUCGAAGUUAGAGCCUCGUGGUCAGGACGGGCUUGGCAAGAAUGUUCCUGGGCUAGACCAUGGUGUCUUCGUCCCCUUUAGCCUCAUGUUCGGAGAAGAUUUCACAGAUAUUCCCGUCAUCGAGAUAUCGCUUGAUGGUUCGCUUGAUCCUCUGAAGAACUGGGCGGUGGGCCAGGCUGUCAGCAAGCUGAGACAAGAGCGGAUCUUAGUCUUAUCUGGAGGUCUUACAAUCCACAACCUACGUGACUUUUCCUGCUUCGCUGAAGACACCGCCAAACCCAUAUACUUCGACUUUGACAAGGCUAUUCUUGAAGCGAUCAUGCUACCCGAUGCGGUGAAACGCAAAACUGCUAUGGUUGACCUCGUUAACCACGUAGGAUUUAAAGUAGCACAUCCAAGAGCAGACCACUUCGUGCCAUUAUAUGUUGCGGCUGGCGCAGGUGAAGGCGACGACGUGCGGAUCAUCUCGGCUAUAUACGGCUCUCCGACCAUUGCAUUCGGGGUAUAGUACUUCACAUACCCAUAGAUACAUCUUUCGGACUUGUGUAUCUAUAUAUCGCUCGUGUGUCGCGGCAAGCUGGCCUUACAAAUUGAUAUUUAU